GAGCGCCGAUACAGGAAGUAAACUGUCCGGUUUGGUGCGUGUGUGUGUUGUCAGAUACAGAGCUGUGAGAGAACAGGUAAAGACACACAGUCAACGUCCUGAACACGGGACACAAGACACGGGACACAGCACACGGGACACAGCACACGGGACACAGCGGCUCCGUGCUACAGAUAUUUGGCGUCUCCGCUGAAGCUGUGAGCAGACACGAUGAUGGUGGACUCUGCAUUGGCUCAAGUGGGCAAGAACCUGAAUGAAGCCAUGAGAAUCUUGGGGGAUGGACAAAGAGAGUCGGAGCCAGGAACAGAACGGCAGCGUUUGAGCAGAACCAGCAUCCCUGGACCCCUGCAGGGAGAUGGACAGGAUGUUGCCGCUAUUCUGCACUUAGUUCACCACCUCAUUCACGAGGAUGAAGAGAGUGACGACAAACCCAAGCAACAUAGGUUGCAGAGUGUGUGUGAACAGGGUCACAUGGCUCUGCUGGGUCACAGCCUGGCCGCCUACAUCUCUGUGCUGGACAGAGAGCGACUGCGCAAGCUGACCACGCGGAUCCUGUCGGACACCACGCUGUGGCUCUGCAGACUGUUCAGGUAUGAGAACGCUUCAGCCUGCUUCCAUGAAGACGACAGAGACGGUCUGGUCAAAGUGUGUCGGCUGGUCAUCAACGCUCGUUAUGAAGAGUAUGCGUCUGAGGGAUAUGCAGUCCUCAGCUCCAGACAGCCCGUCAUCUACCAGAGUGCCUCCUGCAGGCCGGGUCUGGGACAGCACGUGUGUGGACAGCUCGGCCUGCCUCUCUCCAGUCUGUGCACUGUCCCGUGCAACACUGUCUUUGGAUCCCAGCACCAGAUGGACGUCGCCCUGUUGGACAAACUCAUCAAAGAAGACAUAGAAGCUGGGAAGCUUCCGUUGCUGCUGGUCGCUAAUGCAGGUACUCCUGGAGCAGGACAUACAGACAAGCUGGCUCGCCUCAAGGACCUGUGUGAGCAGCACAGCAUGUGGCUCCAUGUGGAGGGAGUCAACUUGGCAACCCUGGCACUGGGUCAGGUCACCUCUGCUGUCUUGGCAGCCAUCAGAAGUGACAGCAUGACACUGACUCCAGGUCAGUGGCUCGGGCUGCCUGCGGUCACUGCGGUCACCCUCUACAGACAUGAAGACCCUGCACUGUCUCUGGCAGCAGGUUUGACCUCCAGUCAGCCCGUGGAGAAGCUGCGAGCGCUGCCUCUCUGGCUCUCACUGCAGCACCUCGGUCACAACGGGAUUGUCCAGAAAAUCAAACAUGCAACUGCCCUGAGCCAGCAGCUCCUGCAGAAGCUCAAAACUCUGUCUUCUAUCAAAACAUCGGAUGUGCUUGAGACAGAGAUCUCUCUCGUGGAGGCUUUGACCAUGGUGGAGGAUGAACUGGCUUCUCCUGUGGUUCUGUUCAAGUUCUCCCAGGACCUGAGUGCUGCUGCAUCCAAUGUGGGUUCAGCGGAGAGUUACUGUGUGGGGGAGAGAGAGGUCCUGGAUACUUUCAACAGAUGGCUGGGUGAACAACUGGCUCUGUGUGUUCACGCCUGUGGAGUGGAGGUGGUGGAGGUUGAAGAUGAGGGGACCUGUGUCCGCUUCAGCCCUCUGCUGACUGCUGCAGUGCUCGGGACUCAGCAGGAGGACGUGGAGGAGCUGCUGCAGAAGCUGACUGAGCUGCUUCCUGUGAUGAACUCCACUCUGUGUCUGAGACAGGAGUUCAGAGAGGACAGCCGCAGACACACAGCCUCACUCACGUAUGUGGACGACCUGAGCUGGCCCGGCCUGGGAGCGCUAAGGUUUGAGCCACAGACUGAAGGGAUGGACGAGAGCAGGAGGAAGCAAGAGCUCCGGAAAAUUAACACUGAGCUGCUGAAGAAACUGCAAGAGCUGGACACGGACAUCGUCUUCUCUGCUGGUCCUGACUUUGGACAGGAGGAAGACUGUGUCUUUGUGGGCAUGGUGACUGACGAUGUUGACGUUCCACAGCUGGUGGACACAAUCGCUGCCCUGGGCAAGGACAUAGAGGAGAGUGGGAAGCUGUUGGAGAACAUGACAGAGGUGGUGAGGAAGGGCAUCAUGGAGGCUGAACUGAAGCUGCAGAAGGCCAGCGAGGAGAAACUCAUGGAAGAGGGCGUAAUGAGACAACUUCCUCUUGUUGGCUCCGUCUUAAACUGGUUCUCUCCAGUUCAAAGCUCCAUGAAGGGACAGACCUUUAACCUGGCAGCAGGUUCCCUGGACAGCACAGAGACAACAUACUCCACCAAAGCUCAGACAGGCAGGCCGUCCCUGCAGGACACGCCCACAUCCUCUUCAAAGAGACCACCAGGUCAGAGGUUAUUCCAGCGCUCGGGAGCAAACUCCGACUCCUACAGUGAGACCAGUUCAAUCGAACAAGUUGAGAGUUUCAGUGUGAGCGGCAGCACACUCCCUCCUCCCUCACCACUCGUACCAGAGGAGGACACAGACCAGAGUCAUGAGUCGGCAGAAGAACCUCAGGUAUCACCCGAGCAGAUGCAAAACACACAGACGGCGGCUGAGGACGCGUCAGUGGAGAGGCAGCCCGAGGGAGAAGAGGAGGUGACGCAGAGCGGGAGAUAGGACCGUCUUUGGUGUCCACAAACCGUCCUGUCAAAAGUUGAAUGAAAAAAAAAAGGCUUUAUUAUAUUGUGAAUCUUACUGUUCUAGAAUUGAAGGGAAAAUCUCUGGAGCUAAAUUGACCUGUUUGUUUGUAUUUUUCAUGGUUGAGGAAAGUAAGUUAAUGAGAAAAAAAUCCUAUAUGCUGCGAUUCCAUCAUGGAACGAUGCGGUUUGGUAUAGUAAAGCCCUGAGUCAGGCCUGGGUCAUGGGCGACCACAAACAGAGAUAGAGAAUGACUACCACGAACGACGAUAGUGAAUGAUGACAGUGAACGGCGACCACGAAUGACAAUAGUGAAUGAUGACAGUGA